GGGCCGGGGCUGGGGCGGGCCCAUCUCGGGCCGCCCAGCGCGGCGUUCCAGCGGUGCUGAUGGGGCUGGGGUCCUGGCUGCGAUCGCUGGGUGGCUGCUGCGGCUGCUGCCGAGGAGAGGCAGCGCCCCCCGAGAAGGAGCCUUUGAUCAGUAACAACAACCCCUAUGCCUCCUUUGGGGCCACGCUGGCGCGGGACGAGGAGCAGAACCUGUGGAGCACCCCACACGACGUGACCCACACGGAGGCGGAUGACGAUCGGGUGCUGUACAACAUGAUCGUGGUCAGGAACCAGCUGGACAAGGACUCGGAGGAAUGGCAAAAGCUCAACUAUGACAUUUAUACCUUACGGCAGACCCGAAAAGAAGUGAGAAGCAGGUGGAAGCACAUUUUGGAAGAUUUAGGUUUCCAUAAGGAAGCAGACUCCCUCUUGUCAGUGACCAAACUCAGCAUCAUUAGUGACUCUCAGAACAUGGGCAAAGCCCGGGACAUCUUGUUAAGGUUGUCUGAAGAGACAAACAUCUUCCCUACCAGCUGGGAGCUUUCUGAGCGCUACCUCUUUGUGGUGGAUCGGCUCAUAGCUCUGGAUGCUGCAGAUGAGUUCUUCAAGAUGGCCAGCAUGAUGUAUCCGAAGAGACCCGUCGGGGAAAGAGUGGAUGAUACCCAGAAGACCCCACAGUGUAUCUCUGUCAUGGUGCCCUGAAGAAAGUGCCUUGCUGGUACAAGAUGGACUUGAGGUUUUCCUCCCUCCACGAUCAGGCUCCUCUGCUAAGGGGUUUGCACAAGUAGUACUGCUCCUUGUUUUCUUGCACAGAAGCAAAUGGGCCAGUGAAGCAGCGAAAGGAGUUCAGCAAGCCAUGCCCCACAAGAAGGUCACUGGAAGGUGGAAGCUGGCCCCAAGGUGCUCCCAAGCAGAAGGGAGAGAGAACUGCUGUAGCAUAGCCCAGGUGGUAGACCUCUAGCUGAGUAGUGUGUGCAACAGGCAUGCGGGGAACCCGAAAGCAAGGCGUUCCUGCCCGUAGCUGCAGAAGUUGAGACGUCCCUAGCUAGAAGCGCUGUGUUGAGAUCUGCAUUUCCACCUUCUGCUGGUACCCACCACUGUCCCCUCCCUCCACCCUACUAGCUAGAAGGACCAGCAAGGUGGGAAAGGUACCUCAGUUGUCUACAACUCUGUGAUGUUUUUCUGUGCACUGGUCCUCUUCCUCAUACCUUGCCCCUGGCAGCCCCACUGGGCAUGUCGUGGGGAAUCCUGCAAAGAGGCCAGACCACUACAUAGCUGGGAGGGGAGUUAGUGCCAGGCAGCAAAACCUUGGCACAGUGCUGCAUUUGGGUGCUGUGUCUGGAGGCAUUUGGGUCAAGGAGUGCUCAGCCUGACAUCUUAAAUGGGGGUAGGUCUUAGGAAGGUGCCAAAGUCAGAACUGCUGAGAAUUUGGCUCCUGUGAUACCCUCAAAGUGGUUGCUCAACAUCUUCAUUAAUUUCUGGAAGUUUUUGUCUCAGCUGCAUAAAGAAACUCCACGAUAAAGCUGCAUGUGCUGUCAGUAUGUAAGGUCCCUGCUGUUAAUGAGGAUUCUUAAUGAACUUCCUUUAUAUCUCGGGGUUGUGUCUGAUAAUGAGCAAUAAUUUUAAAACACUGGAUUUAAUAGUUUAAAAACAAGUGGAAAUUCUUUACUGGUUAAUCCACUUGCUGCUAACUGGCUAGUUGAAAAUGCUGGUUACAAAGGACCUCCCAAACCAGUGCUUUUAUUUGUUUAUACCUACAGUGUUUGAAAGAUAUACGUGUAUAUAUAUUUAUGAAUCGUUUCUGUUUAUCAGUCUUCCUGGGAAACAUUUCUGUAAGCUCAGGACCUCAGUGAAAACUGAGUUUAAUAAACAAACCACGUUACAAAACCAA